CUAAAUAACUACAAUUACCAGCCAUCAGUAUGCUGUAUUUGUAUUCAUCUCCCUUUAAACCCAGUGACAGCCGGAGGAUGGAAGCAGUUAGAGCUCAGUAUGAAACUCAGAUCAAUGCCUUCUCUGACCUCCUAGAGGACCUCCCGGACACUGAUGAGCCAGUCUGGGUGCUAGGAGAGCAGUACUGUGUGAAAGCAGAAAAAUCUGAGCUGCUGUCUGACAUCAGGUCGAGACUAUGGUUUACAUACCGGAAGAAGUUCUGUCCGAUCGGGGGUACCGGACCCUGCUCGGACACUGGCUGGGGCUGCAUGCUGCGCUGUGGGCAGAUGAUCUUAGCCCAAGCCCUCAUCUACAGACAUUUAGGAAGAGAGUGGCGCUGGGAAAAGGAGAAUUGUCACCCCAAGGAGUAUCACAGGAUCCUGCACUGUUUCCUAGACAGGAAGGACUGCUGCUACUCCAUCCAUCAGAUGGCUCAGAUGGGGGUAGGAGAGGGGAAGUCAGUCGGAGAGUGGUAUGGACCAAACACAGUUGCUCAAGUGUUAAAGAAGCUAGCACUGUUUGAUGAAUGGAAUUCCUUGGCUGUAUAUGUUUCCAUGGACAACACUGUAGUCAUUGAAGAUAUCAAAACACUGUGCAAGCUGCAGCCCACAAAGGGCCUGUUAAAGCCCAGCAGCUCAGGCCAGGUAGAGCCCCAGGCAAUGGGCAGCAUGCUCGGGCAGCUCAACCCUCAGGCUCAGGGGACCCCCGGCUCGCACCCAGGCUGGAAACCACUGUUACUUAUCAUACCUUUGCGCAUGGGCAUAAACCACAUCAACCCUGUUUACACCGAAGCUCUGAAGGAGUGUUUUAAGAUGCCACAAUCCCUGGGUGUUUUGGGUGGAAAACCAAACCUUGCAUAUUAUUUCAUUGGGUUUAUUGGAGACGAGUUGAUCUAUUUAGACCCUCACACAACCCAGGCUGCUGUGGAUCCAGACUUUGACGGAACUGUGGAUGACCAGAGCUACCACUGCCAGCGGAGGCCACAGAGAAUGAAAAUCCUGAACCUGGACCCCUCUGUGGCUGUAGGAUUUUUUUUCAAGACUGAAGCUGAUUUUGACAGGUGGUGCACAUUUGUACAGCAGGAAAUCUUAAAGAAAAGAUGUUUACGAAUGUUUGAGCUGGUUGAGAAGCACCCUCCCCACUGGCCUCCAUUCAUCCCUCCCACUAAACCAGAGGUACAGACAACAGGAGCAGAACUCAUCGAGUCAAUGGACAAGCUGUUUGAAUCAGAAGAAGAAUUCGAAAUCCUCAAUGUAUGAUUUUUUCUUUUUUUCUGUUUUUGUUGUUUUUUAAUAUUAUUGCCUUUUAAGCUGAUAAGUGCCUCCCACCAUGCUCACACAAAGCACAAACUGGAACAGAUCUGCAAAAAAACCCAUUGAAAACAGAAUCGGAAAUGGAACCAGUUAUGUUAUAGGAAGGAGAUCAAUGGGAGGCAGUUUCUGCUGAUUUUUCAAGGGGUUCACUUUCGUUUACGACAAAGGGCUCACGCUGGCCCUGUUAAUCAACCUGAUUUCACAAAAAGGAAUACAGAAGUAGGUAUUUUAUGCAUGGAUCUUAACAUUUGGACUUCCCUCUGCAGGAAAAGGCUGAAUAAACCAUGUUUCCAAGAAAGCAUUUUGGAGGAAAACUGCUUGUAAGAUGACAAAUACAAUCUUAUAUUGGAUAAAAGCGGUAUAUAAAAGUGCCUAACCGUAAAAAAUAUAAUAUUGCAACGUUCUUGAUUGGUUGUUUGCCAUAAUUGUAGUUACAGAAUGUGGUGUAAUAACUGUAGAUUUUUUUGUUUUUAAAAAAGCAGCUGCAGUCGGUAGCAUGUGCCAAAAAUAAGGUGUAUUUAUAAAUGUAAAUAUGAAACCAGAAGUCAAAAAUGUAUUUGACAAUUUGAACCAUGAGUACUUGAAGUCAGUUUUAUAAAAAAAAAAACAAGAAAAGGCUCUUAAAGGCAUGCAUUAUAGGAUCUAGAUUUUCCCUAAUAUUUCAUUUCAUACCUUUUUCUCAGUAGGUGAAGCAAAGCGAAACUGUUUUCUUGUCAGCCUAGUCUUUCAAUUUGUAAAGCACAGAUGUAACUAUAUUAAUCCUGCCUGUGUUUUACCAUCACAGCGUACUAUACAGCAGAUCUGCCUAUGUUUUUUUUAGCAAUAAAGAAACUAUUUACUCUUUAUUCUUGGCACACACACUCCAUAGAAUCCAAUGAUAAAGCUGGUCUGCCCUUCCUCGUCCACUCUUGGGUCAUGCACAGCAAGAAAAAUACGGAAAAUGUGAGCAUUUACUGUUUUUAUAUGGGCUGGUUGCCUAUAGAAUGUCUACACCCCCGUUUUCACAUUUUGUUGUGUCAGUGACGCAGAGUUUCAUGCAUUUAAAUGUUUUUUUCCCACUUAUCUACACACCA